CAUUACCUGAUUUUUCUUAUUUUUUCUCUUAGCUCUUUUUGUCUCUGGGGUCUGGUAACUAAAAAAGGCGGAAGUCAAUUCGGUGAAGAAGGCAGGCAGGGCAUUUUGUUGCCGAUGAUGAACGGAGAGUAAAAGAAUGCGUUCCUUAACUGGACAGAUUAUAGUGCACAGAGGGGUGCAUACUAUAUGCACUUCUUGUCUUUUAUUUUAUUUUGACAUCAUUUCUUUUACAACAUCAUCAUCAUCGCCACUAUCAUUGAUUUGCGCAUUGAAGUUACUCGUAUUCCCGAAUAAUUCUUUCAAAGCUCGCAAUCUCGCCCGCAUAAAUUAAGAGAGGUACGCCGAUGAUGUAUACUCUCUAAAUUCCAACAAGAUACGAAACCUUUUCGACUUGAAUUUAUUGUCAUGACUAUCGAAGAUCAUUCUUCUCUUGUCAAUGGAGGGCAAAAUGGACUUGCUCAUCGUAUUGAUGAACAACUUCCAACUGCCUUUCCAAGAAAAUCAAAUCUUGAAUCCAUCCCUGCCAAAGUUGAGUCACAUGCAAACUCACAUGAUCAAUCCAAUGGCAUAAAUGACCAAGGCACAAAAAAUAAUGACGGAGAAGAUGUCAUUAUGCAAUCAACAGAAGACAUGCUUACUCAAGUGAAUGGUCAAACAGAGAAUUACAAUUCGAACGAUGUAAAUGUCAAGCAAGAACAACAAGAUACUGAACACCGCAACGGAUCCAUCGAUACUCCAACAAAAAAUACAGAUGAUCAAAAUUCCUCCUUUUACAGCAAAUUCAUCAUGCUUCCAUUCAACAAUGCCCCUAACGGAGCAAGUUCUGCAGAAGAAAUUAUUUCAGUGUCCGAUCCUAUUUUGUCGUCAUCCUCCUCCUCUCCUUCGCAUCAAACACCGCAAAAGCGUUCCAUCAGAAGUACAAGCAGUCAAGCAGCAGAUUCAAAUGACACAAACAACAAUUCAAUCCGCGGCGGCGGCAAUGCUAAUAUAUCGCCCAAUAGCAAAUCCAUCCUUAAUGGAACUUCACCCAAGCGAAUUAAAAGGCCAGAGCCAAUUUUGUCCCGUAAUUUCGCGCCUUUGCCACAAGAAACUCCGGCGCCGCUGCAAGCUGAAGCAGGAGGUAAUAAUGGGUCAAAGCGUUUAGAAAGGAAAAGUAAGACGGAUGCUUUGUCGGCUAUGAACGGUGGCGAAUAUGCAUCAACAAGUGCAUCAGAUCAAAAUCCACCUUUGCCACAUCAACAUCCAAGUCAUAAACCUAUAGGCUCUUUAUCGUCGAUGAUGACCCCUUUGCCAUUAUUUGGAGAAAACACGAACAAGAAAGAUGAGCAAAAUUACAUUCCGACACAAUUUAAUACGCCAAGAUAUCCGCCUUCCAGACAAAGAGAACGUUUAUUCGAAUUGGAAGAAGCGCCAACGUUUUACCCAACUGUGGAAGAAUUCAGCGAUCCUUUGCGAUAUAUCAAAUGGGUUGGUGAACCUGAAGGUGGAAAUGGUAAAGCAUAUGGAAUUGUUAAGAUUGUUCCGCCAGAAGGUUGGAAUCCACCUUUUGCUUUAGAUCAAGAACGUUUUCGAUUUAGGACACGAGUACAAAAAUUGAAUUCAUUAAGUGCAGACGCUCGAGCUUCACAAAAUUAUUUGGAACAAUUACAAAAAUUUCAUGCUCAGCAAGGUCAUGCUCGGGUUUCAAUUCCAAUCGUUGAUCGUAAACCAGUAGAUCUUUAUCAACUCAAGCUGGUUGUUAAUGCGAAUGGUGGAUAUGAUUCAGUCGCUAGACAACGAAAAUGGGCAGAAGUGACCAGAAAAAUUGGCUAUGAAGAGAAGGAUUCUGGACAUCUUGCAGGACAAAUCAAAGCCGCUUAUUCUCGAAUUAUUUACCCAUAUGAGCGUUUCCUAGAAUUAAACAAGGAGAAUGCUAAAAGACCUUCUACGACUGAAGAUGAUCGAAAUGGCACACCUGAAGGUGCUGCUUCUCCACCGCUAACCACUCCCUCGGGCGGGGAUAAUGGUCGAGGCGGCAGCACAGAAGACAAGGGCAUGUCAGACAGCGCAAGAAGACGAAGCUCUAGACGCAAAACUGACCCAACAGACGCUCCUGUAGUCUUAUCGCAAAGGAGACGAUUGCGAGAACAACAGCCAACUCCGCCUCCAGCAGGUACAUCGGGUGACUUCUAUCUAGCUCCAGGAGCAGAAGAACAAAUGUGCGAAAUUUGUUUACGAGGAGAUGAUGGUAUGUCGAUGCUUUUGUGUGACGAAUGCAAUCGCGGUUAUCAUAUGUACUGUCUAGAUCCGCCAUUGACCAGUAUUCCUAAAUCGGAAUGGUAUUGUCCGCCUUGUUUGGUCGGAACAGGAAACGAUUACGGAUUCGAUGAUGGUGAAACACAUAGUCUUUACAGCUUUUGGAAGCGAGCAGAAGAAUUUCGAUCACAAUGGUGGACGAAGUAUGCAGCAAAAGAUGCAAUCUGGACUGCUCCUAAUGAUAAACCAAAUGGAGUCACACGUGCAAUUCCAGAAACGGAUCUCAAAAUUUCCGAAGAUGACGUAGAAAGAGAAUUCUGGCGUUUGGUUCAUAAUCCAGAUGAGACUGUUGAAGUGGAAUAUGGCGCAGAUGUUCAUUCGACAACCCAUGGCAGUGCUUUACCUACAUUGGAAACGCAUCCUUUGAGCCCUUAUGCUCGUGAUGGAUGGAACUUGAACAAUUUGCCGAUCUUGAAUGGCUCUCUAUUGCGAUACAUCAAAUCUGAUAUCUCAGGUAUGACCGUUCCAUGGGUAUAUGUUGGUAUGAUGUUCUCCACCUUUUGUUGGCAUAACGAGGAUCACUAUACCUACUCCAUCAAUUAUCAACAUUUUGGUGAUACAAAGACAUGGUAUGGCGUUCCUGGAAGUGAUGCUUACAAAUUGGAAGACGCUCUACGCAAAGCCGCUCCCGAUCUAUUUGAACAAUCGCCCGAUUUGUUGUUCCAAUUGGUCACGAUGAUGAGCCCUGACAAACUUCAAAAGGAAGGCGUGAACGUUUAUGCUGUUGAUCAAAGGGCGAAUGAAUUCGUGAUCACUUAUCCGAAAGCAUAUCAUUCCGGCUUCAACCAAGGUUUCAAUUUGAACGAAGCGGUCAAUUUUGCCCUUCCUGAUUGGAUCGAAUUGGAUCUGGAAUGUGUGAGAAGGUACCAGCAAUUCAACAGGUUCCCCGUUUUCUCACAUGAUGAAUUGGUCGUAACUGCAUUCCAACACAAUCAAGGAGUGGAUACGGCAAUCUGGUUGCAAUCCUCUAUGCGUGAAAUGGUGGAAAGGGAGAUCAGCAAACGAGAAAAGAUUCGAGAGUCUAUUCCUAAUAUCCGUGAAAUUUUGGAUGAAACCGAUCAACCAGAAUUAGAAUAUCAAUGUGCUCAUUGCAAUUUGUUCUGCUAUUUGGGUCAAUUGUAUUGCAAUAAAUCGGAAGGUGUUGCUUGCUUGGAUCAUGGAGAAGAAGUUUGUGGAGAUCAGCCAAAGUCGAAAUGGACUUUGCGAUUACGAUAUUCAGAUGACCAACUUCGAAGUAUGCUUGAAAAGACGGAUGAACGUGCAUCUAUUCCCUCAAAUUGGCAAGCAAGGCUACACAAGCUUAUCACGACUCAUGUGAGACCUCCUCUGCGCUCUUUGCGCGGCCUUUUGCAUGAAGGUGAAAAGAUUUCUUACCUUUUGGAAGAUUUGGAGAAUUUGAAAGAGUUUGUCGAUAAAGCGAAUAAGUGGGUGGAUGAAGCUACACCUUUGAUCGCCCGUCGUCAUCAAAGAAGAUCAAACGUUGGCGGAAGUCAACGUAGUACGGCAAAGAGACUUUCUUCCAGGGCGGCGACAGAAGAAGAUGAAAGCAUGAGUGUAGCAAAUGAAGACGAGAAUGAAGGUUUGGCAACUUCUGAAGAUGUUUUCCGUAUGGUUCGUGAAGCGGAAAAGUUACCGUUUGAUGCACCAGAAAUUCAAGCUAUUCAAGCAAUUUCACAACAAGUUCACGAUUUCAUCUAUGAUGCCAGAGCUCUUUUGAAAAAGCUUUCGAUACUGCCAAAUAAUUCAAAAGAUCCACAUGCACUCAAAGAACGAAAAGAGUUAUUCUCGAGAUGCGAAGAAUUGAUUAAUUCCGGAUUGUCGCUCAAUGUUCAAUUGCCAUACAUGGAAGAUCUUCAACGACAGGUCGGAAGGGAGAAUUGGAUCAAAGAGGCUGAUAGUAUGACAAACACAUUCACCGAUCUAGAUGAUAUUGAAGCAUUCAUUGCUGAUGGUUUAUCGUUUGGUAUUUCUCAACAUGAUGAGAUGAUGCAAACGCUUUGCCUAACACGAGAUAAAGGAUUGGAAUGGAAACGAAUUGGAGAAGAAAUGUUGAGACCGGUAACGCAAAAGACCAAAUGGCCAUGCAAAUAUACAAUCUCGGACGUUGAAAAAGCUAUUUUGGCGCCCGCUUCAGUUUCAGUCGUGCCUGGUUUAAUGGUCAAAUUACAGGCAUUGCAAAAACAAAUCAAAGACGCUUCUAAAUCUUGCACUUCCAUCUUGACUACAUUGAGGGAUUGCAAACGCGAAAGAAGCGAAGCAGAAAGAGAAGGUCGAUUUGCAAACAUGGACUCAUCAUUCUCAAUGGCGGUCGAAGAUGCACAACGCGCUCUUGAAGCAAGCGGAUCGAUUAAUGUCAUUGCAGAAAGAGAAGAAGAAUUGAAGCAAUUGGUAGAAGACUGUAUCCGUUUACCAGUCAGACCUAUGCAUCCGGAACCACAGCCUUACUCUCAUCCUCCACCACAUCAUGGUCGAUCUCUGCCGCAAAUGCCAUACGAAGCGCAUACAUACGGCUCAGCACAUCAACCGCUCAUGCAUCACGAUUACCCGCCUGCCUCAUACAGAUCUUCGCAUCAUCAUGGUUUGCCUCCACCUUUACACGCACAUGGUCCACCGCCGCCACCAUCUUAUCCUGCCUAUCAAACACGUCGUUCUCCAUCACCAGCACCCAUUCAGCCUCAACACAGCUAUCCUCCUUCCAUGGGCUUCGGUCGUCCGCCAGCUGCCCCUCCUGUGCAGUACGACAUGCACGAUGAUCCAAACCGGUCGUACAUGCAAAUCAUGGGAGAAGCAUCAUCGCAAGCAAACAAUUCAGGAGACGAAAGUGGCGUGCGUGGCGGAGAUGACAAGAAGAGAAAGCGUGGAAAACGUGCUCGAUUCGUAUUUGAAGAAGAAGUUGGAAUCUUUGUGCCGGUAAACGGAGAGCGAAUUUUUUGCCUUUGUCGUCAAGGUGAAACUGCCGAAAUGAUUUCUUGUGAUCGUUGUGCGUUAUGGUUCCAUACCGCAUGUAUUCACGUCAAAAGUGCUGCCGAUCUAGGAGGAGAACGUUGGAUUUGUCCAAUGUGUUGCGUAAAGACUGAACGUCGUUAUCCGUUUGCUGAAGUGAAGGUCAAAGAGAUGAAUGUGAAUGACCCGAAUUUGUGGUUGGACGUUCGUGCAACAUUGCGAUCUACACGUGCACCCGUAAGCAAAUUACAACAUUGGACCGUUGAUGAAGAUCGCAGAAUUGUUUUGCAUCUAGAAAGUUUCUUGCCAGCCACUUUACCAACAAAAGGAGAUCGUGGGGAUGAUGCCAAAAGACAUCGUACUGAUGAUGGUGAUGGGUUCGGCGGACAUAGACGAUCAGGCUCUCAAGGUAGUGCAACUUCCAGUUCCGCAAUGGCAAAUGCAUUGGGAAGCGUUUCGAAGAUGCCAUCUUGGAAUGACGUUCGAGCAAGGGUAACGCCUUUACAUCGAACUCCUAAUGCUGAAGAGCAUGCUGCUCGUUUACGAAAAGAAGCGGAAGAGAGACAUCGUCAAGGUAUGCAAAAUCUAUACUCACGCGGUGUGACAGAUGCAAUGAUUCAAAAAUGGUUCAUUGGAUGGAAUGGAAAAGAGCUGGUCUAUCCGCGAUAUGAUCGAGAUGAGACUUAUCAUGAAUUGCCGUUGGGUUCUCGAAUUACCUUAGACAAAGACGAUCAAGACGGAACACGGUACAUGGAGGCUUUGUUGGCUCGUGAUGCAGAAGAACGUAGAAGACGAGGUGAACCGCCGAUUCUUGCCGUUCCACCAGCCGCAGCACAUCCUCAGCCAUCACAACUCGCUUCAGCAUCAGUGCCUUCCUCAUCCAGAGCACCUCCCUUUGCUCAAAAUAGAUCAGAGUUUUCACAAGCGCAAGCUCAGCAGCCGAUGCCACCUUUGAACAUGAAUGUAGAAGCGUCUCGAAGGAUGCCAUCGACGGCUUCACCAACGGUAGCAUCUUCAAAUCUUCAUCGAGCCACACUUGCUAAAGACUUUCGAAAUUCCACACCACCAGCAAACGCUGGCACGAGAACAGAUGGAAAGGAUGGUAAUACAGCCACUCCACCUACAUCAAAAUCGGCCGUCAAUAAAUCUAUUUACAGCGUUGCUUCAAUUCCUCCUUUCCGAGGAAAGAGUUCAGCUUCACCGAGCCCACAUGCGACCCCUCCUAGCAAAGAGAUUAAAGUGGUCGGCGAAAGCGAUAAAAGGUCGAUCUCGGCAAGCAUGUCUUCCAAUCCAGUCUCGAGUACAAAUGUGGCAGUGGUUGCACAAUCUCUUCCGAAUGUCAACAGAGCACGUACGACCAGUAUGAAUGAUCGAGAAGGUGUGGAACAUGAGACGAACAAGAAUGCAGCAAUGCAGCAACAAUCGACUACAUCUCAUGCUCUUCCAAAGCCAAACGGUCAGAUGCAAAAUGCCCAUGGUAUUGACGCACGCUAUGAGCGUAUCAUGCGAUCACCGCUGCCAUCCCAUCAUGCAAGAAGCACGAGCGGUGCACCACCUUCACGCAUUUCACCCCAGCAAUCAGCACCAAGUCUGCCGCAAUACACUCCUCAACAUGCCAGAGCUUCAGUGCAUUCUAAUUCUUCGCCUCAUUCAUCUCCGUACGGAUCUAUGCGUCAUUUGCCGCCUCCACCUCCUGUUCCUAUGAGAAAUGGUGGAGAAGAUCGCGCAGGUCGUCCCUAUGCAAAUCAUUCGCCAUCUCCUCGACAAGGAUCAAUGCCUCAUCCGGCUGCAGGCCCUCCUGCACUGUAUGUAUCUCCACGAAUGGACACGAGAAGAGAGAUGCCUACACCGAGUGGUUACAAUUCUUCGCUAGCAGGACAACAUAGAUCGCCAAGAGAACAUUAUCGUGAUCAACCUGGAUCAGUGUCCGGAAGAGUCUCACCGCCGAUGUCAGCACGUCAUCCUCUCGGAUUACAAGCACAAGACGAGGCACGACAACGUAGUAAUCCUUCAACAGUUCGUGGAAGUCCUCUGAUGGGCGGCGGUAAUAAAUUAUCUAUUUCACCUAGAUUGCCAAACAUUUAUUCGGGUAAUUCUGGUUUAACGAGAGAAGAUCAUCGAUCACCUUCUACUUCGCAUUAUUCUAAAAGAUCCAAUUCACCACCACCGCCAAAAGAUUCUUUGGCUGAAAUGCGAUUAUUAGCAAGAAGGAUGAGACCGAAUGCGACGGAUGAAGAGAUUGAAGAGAUGGCUAGAUUUGCGACGAAAUGAAUAUUUUAUUUUUACUUUUAUUGUAUGUAGUUUUACAGAGAUUCUUUAAUUCAUAUCAAUUUCUUUU